UGAUUAUAUAAAGCCACCUAAUCAUUCAGUAACUCCCCAAAAUAUCCUUCGCUUUUCUCUCUCUCUCUCUCUCUCUCUCUGUAACUACCACCAACAACCGCCACUCAUGUCCGGCGCCGUCAGUAUCACCGAUCACCUCUCCACUCCACUUCUCGACGCCGAAUCCCCGAAUCUCCUCCAAUCAAUCUCCUCUCAUGGCGGCUACGCUUAUGUCAGAAUGGCAACUCUAGCCGCCUCCGGCAACUUCCGAGCAGCUGAGGCGGCGCGUGAGAUGGCUUGGGAGCAGCUUCAUUGCGGUCCCUGGCAUUCCGUUUCACCCGUCUGGCGAGACGCAUACUCAAUGGCGUGUCUCCACGUGGCAAAGUUCCAUUAUCAAAAUGGUGAGUUUAAAGAUGCGCUUAGGGUUUUAGAUAUGGGAGUAAUCAUGGGAGGAAUGUUAUUAAGGAAAGAUUUGGAUUCAGCUAUUGAAAUCAUCACAUCAAAAGCACGAGAGGAAAACGACAGCAAAAGUGAUCGUUUUGAUAAUUCCAAUUCUAAGUUGGUUCAAGAAACGGAAUUUGAUAAGGCGGAGGUGCUUCGUGUAUUACCAGCAAAGUCAUUGUCUUGUAACAAUGUGGUUAAAAAAUGUGGUUUAUCACUGGAGGCAUUUCUACGUGAACAUAUAUUAUGUGGUUCUCCAGUUAUAAUUAGUGAUUGCAUGGCUCAUUGGCCUGCCAGGACUAAGUGGAAUGAUUUGGGUUAUUUAACAAGAGUUGCUGGUGAUAGAACUGUUCCUGUUGAGGUUGGAAAAAACUAUUUAUGCAAUGAUUGGAAGCAAGAGCUUAUAACUUUCGCCCAGUUUCUUGAGAAGCUUCAGUCAAAUGACUCUUCUUCUGAUGUCCCCACUUAUCUUGCUCAGCAUCCAUUGUUUGAUCAGGUAAAUGAACUGCGGAAUGACAUUUGUAUUCCUGAUUACUGUUUUGCUGGUGGUGGGGAGCUUAGGUCCCUCAAUGCUUGGUUCGGUCCAGCUGCAACAGUGACACCAUUGCACCAUGAUCCGCACCAUAAUAUACUUGCUCAGGUUGUUGGCAAAAAGUAUAUUAGGCUUUAUGAUGCUUCAUUAUCAGAUGAACUUCAUCCAUACAGUGAAACUAUGCUCUGCAAUUCCAGCCAGGUUGAUCUAGACAAUAUAGAUGAGAGCAAAUACCCAAAAGUGCAUGACUUGGAAUUUAUGGACUGCAUUUUAGAGGAAGGGGAAAUGCUUUACAUCCCGCCAAAAUGGUGGCACUAUGUCCGUUCUCUGACGACAAGUUUAUCAGUUAGCUUCUGGUGGAGCGAGUCUGGAAGUUCAGCUGUGUCUUAAUGUUGUAGUGUUCUCAAUUUCGAUUCUUUUUUAUAUGACGAGCAGAGUGUGCUAAGAUAUUAAGUGGAUGCAAUGCCAGCAUAUUAACCCUUGCAUUACUUAUACAGAGAUCAAAUGAAACAAUGUAGGCGUUAUGCCAAAGGAUGGAUUGAUGAUGCUGUAAUCAUUGGAAGUCCCUAAUGGAAAACUAUUUAACA